AUGAAUAUUGUUAGUCAAUUAAUCAAAUUUUUGGAGCCAUGGAAAUAUGUAAUGAAUGAAAUUCAACUUGGUAAUUCACCAUCAUUAUUUAUGACAUUACCUUGUAUCGGUUAUCUGAAACAAAAAAUUACAAAAAUGGAACGAACAAUGAGAGGUGAUGAGUUUUUUUCCAUUAAUUAUAAAGAAUAUUCUUACGAUCUUUCUCCUAUUUUUUAUUUCGGUAUGAAAUUAUUUGCUAAACGAACAUCACAGUUAUUAGAAUCUAUGUUAAAAAUUGAAAAUUUCCACGUUAUGGAAACAUCUUUACAUUCAAAUUAUAAGCAAUUAAGAAAUGCUACACAAAUGCAAAUAAUUGAAUGUCAUUGUUCAUGUCGAAUGACAAUUCCACCAUCAUCAACUUCGACAACUGUAACAUCUAAUGAUUGUAGUGAUAUUAAUGAACCUUUAACAAAGAAACCGAAACUUUUCUUAGAAUCAUUAAUGGAUGAUGUAACUCCAGUUGUAGUGACAUAA